UGUCUUCCCCUCUUCUCCUCCCCCGGCUUGUCAACUAUCGAUUGUCGAUCUUCUUGAUCUCUACUUCGAUCGUACCAUACCACGCGCGCACGCACGCAGAAUUCAAGAUGUUGGGUCGUCUCAGUCAUUACGCUUUUGAUGCGGUGCUUAUCUCCGCCUUUCUGGCCGGUAUCAAGCGGUCGACUGGAUUAACUCUCGAAACCGACAAAAUCACCGAUAACAAGGAUUUCAAGCAGUGGAUCGACAAAUACCUCGGCGUGGGCGAGUGGGUGAUGGACCAGUCCGUUGCCGUCCUCGGGUCGACCAGCUGGUUUGAGCGGAGACGGUAAAGGUUGAUCGUCGUCGGCGGCUGAGUCGGCUGCCCCUCUUUCUUUCCUCUGUUUCGGCCUAGAUGAAGUGGCAGGGUCGGUGAACUUGGAACGGAACUUCGAUGUCGAAAUCGGUUGCAGCGCCCCUUUACACGCCUGUUUCGGUUAUGGUCGGCAGGAUAGAGGAAAGAACUCCCCCUCUUCUUGCCCGUCAAGCCCGGGUGAUCCUCCACGCGUCCGGGUCGGUUUCUUAUAUGCAUGGUGAUCGUACGGCGGGG